CGCUCGGGCGGCUGCGGUCCUGCGGGCUUAGCGCGCAGACCUCGCCGGACGCGCCCGAGGCCGCACCUUCGCUCCUUCCCGAGAGCUGCGGGCUGCUCGCCGGCCCUCACUCGUCUCGGCGUCCGGAGGCAGAGCGCCUUUCCGUGGGCGCAGAGAUGGAGGGAGGCGGGGGCGUUGGCCUGGGAGCUCAUCGGAGCUGGAGUAAAACUGACGCAGGAUUGUGCCUUCGAUGACCGAGGGCCGUGGGGAUACUGCAGGAGGACACUCGGCGCUGUGCAGCAUCUAGAUUUUCCUGUCCUAAUAGUAGUCACCAUGUGAUGGGUGGUUACUGCGUGCCAGGCGCUGGAUUAAGAGCUUAACGUAUCCAUUCCAUAGGGUAAAUGGUGCCGUUGUCUCAGUUUUGCAGAAGAAGAAAUGGAGGCACAGGUAGAAAGUGCAGGAGGGAAGACCUGAACCCAGACCUCUCUAUUAACUACUUACUAGUUUUAAUUGCCUUGAUAAGUUAGCAAGAACCAACUUCCCAAACAAAUCCGAGAUGCUCUCACAUUUUAUCUGUGCAUCCUGAAGGGAUUUUGUUUGUUUAGCUAAAUUCCUUUCUAAUGGGAAAGUCAACCAUAUGUCCCAUCGUUCCCCUGUGUGUACAAGAUUUGGAGCCAAACCAUUUUGGACUUUUAUGUUCUACUACUUACUCCAAGUCACUUGGGGCAAUUGCUUAAACUUCCCGGAGCCACGGUUUGCUCACCUGUAAAAUGUUCAUUAGGAUGUUCUCAUAAUAGCUACUCUGUCAGGUCCUUAUGUAAAAUCAAAGUCAUUUUGCCUUUUAAAAACCCUCAGAGUCCCUGAGAUGCCCCCAUUAGCUCCAUGUACUUAUUUGCAAAUUUUUAUUUUGUUUUGUUGUGUGUGUGUGUUUUGUGUUUUGUUUGUUUUUUUAGUUUUCCCCUAUGGGUACCAGAAUCAGUGCUGCAUAGUUUGAACGCGAUAGGAUUGACUUUACAAAUGAAACAUUUUUGUCACACCUGCCAAGAAGUAUGAUUUGAAUGAAACUUUAACUUAUACGCGUUUUCAGAUAUUUUUAAACCGGGUUCUCAGCUGUCUGCAGUUAUUCAUUACCCGAGGGGUGCAUGGCCCUGAAGGGGGGAUAAGAACUGCGGACUGUAGGUACUCUGAGAACCCACUACUGUGUAAUCAGACCUAUGAAAUCACGUGUGCUGGCAGCCCCAAAGCGAGCAUAAACCAGGGACUUUGAUAUCAUGCAGCAGAAGAGCAAAUUAUUUCUCCAGGCUUUGAAGUAUAGUAUUCCUCACCUUGGGAAAUGCGUGCAGAAACAGCACUUGAAUCACUGUAACUUCGCUGAUCAUUAUUACAGUAGAAUAAAAUUGAAAAAAUAUCACCUAACCAAGUGUCUGCAGAGUAAGCCCAAGAUAUCAGAGUUAGCAAGAAACAUCCCAAGUCGGAGCUUCUCAUGUAAGGAUAUUCUGCCUAUUAAACAAGAAAACGAAAAACCCCUUUCAGAAAACAUGGAUGCAUUUGAAAAAGUGAGAACAAAAUUAGAAACACAGCCACAAGAAGAAUACGAAAUCAUCAAUGCAGAGGUUAAACAUGGAGGUUUUGUUUACUACCAAGAAGGUUGCUGCUUGGUGCGUUCAAAAGAUGAAGAAGCAGACAGUGAUAAUUAUGAGGUUUUGUUCAAUUUGGAGGAACUUAAAUUAGACCAGCCCUUCAUUGACUGUAUCAGAGUGGCUCCUGAUGAAAAAUAUGUAGCUGCCAAGAUAAGAACGGAAGAUUCGGAAGCAUCUACCUGUAUAGUUGUGAAGCUCAGUGACCAGCCUGUCAUGGAAGCUUCUUUCCCCAAUGUGUCCAGUUUUGAAUGGGUAAAGGAUGAAGAAGAUGAGGAUGUUUUAUUCUAUACCUUCCAGAGGAACCUUCGCUGUCAUGAUGUGUAUCGAGCCACUUUUGGUGAAAACAAACGUAAUGAACGUUUUUACACAGAAAAAGACCCAAGCUAUUUUGUUUUCCUUUAUCUGACAAAAGACAGUCGUUUCCUCACCAUAAAUAUCAUGAACAAGACCACUUCUGAAGUGUGGUUGAUAGACGGCCUAAGUCCUUGGGAUCCACCUGUACUUAUCCAGAAGCGAAUACAUGGGGUCCUUUACUACGUUGAACACAGAGAUGAUGAACUAUACAUUCUCACUAAUGUUGGUGAGCCUACAGAAUUCAAGCUAAUGAGAACAGCAGCUGAUACACCUGCUAUCAUGAAUUGGGACUUAUUUUUCACAAUGAAGAGAAAUACCAAAGUCGUAGACUUGGACAUGUUUAAGGAUCACUGUGUUCUCUUCCUGAAGCACAGCAAUCUGCUUUAUGUUAAUGUGAUUGGUCUGGCUGAUGACUCAGUUCGGUCUCUAAAGCUCCCUCCUUGGGCCUGUGGAUUCAUAAUGGAUACAAAUUCAGACCCAAAGAACUGUCCCUUUCAGCUUUGCUCUCCAAUACGUCCCCCAAAAUAUUACACAUACAAGUUUGCAGAAGGCAAACUGUUUGAGGAAACUGGACAUGAAGACCCAAUCACAAAAACUAGUCGUGUUUUACGUCUAGAAGCCAAAAGCAAGGAUGGAAGGUCAGUGCCAAUGACUAUCUUCCACAAAACGGAUUCUGAGGACUUGCAGAAAAAACCUCUCCUGGUCCAUGUGUAUGGAGCUUACGGCAUGGACUUGAAAAUGAAUUUCAGGCCUGAAAGGAGGGCAUUGGUGGACGAUGGAUGGAUAUUAGCAUAUUGCCAUGUGCGGGGUGGUGGUGAGUUAGGCCUUCAGUGGCACGCUGAUGGCCGUCUAACUAAAAAACUCAAUGGCCUUGCUGACUUAGAGGCUUGCAUUAAGACGCUUCAUGACCAAGGCUUUUCUCAGCCAAGUCUAACAACCCUGACUGCUUUCAGUGCUGGAGGGGUGCUUGUGGGAGCGUUGUGUAACUCUAAUCCAGAGCUCCUGAGAGCUGUGACUAUGGAGGCACCUUUCUUGGAUGUUCUCAACACCAUGAUGGAUACUACACUUCCUCUGACAUUAGAAGAAUUAGAAGAAUGGGGGAAUCCUUCAUCUGAUGAAAAACACAAGAACUACAUAAAACGUUACUGCCCCUAUCAAAAUAUUAAACCUCAGCAUUAUCCUUCAGUUCACAUCACAGCUUAUGAAAACGAUGAACGGGUACCUCUGAAAGGAAUUGUAAACUACACUGAGAAACUCAAGGAAGCCGUUACGGAGCACGCUAAGGACAGUGGUGAAGGCUAUCAGGCCCCCAAUAUCAUUUUAGACAUUCAGCCUGGAGGCAAUCAUGUGAUUGAGGAUUCUCACAAAAAGAUUACAGCCCAGAUUAAAUUCCUGUAUGAGGAACUCGGACUUGACAGCACCGGUGUUUUCGAGACUCUUAAGAAAUAUGUAAAAUUCUGAAAUUCUGUGGAAAUUGGAAACACAUGGAAACAUUUCCUAGUUUUAUUUGCAAUUAGGUUAGCAAAAGUGAGUUUUUUUAAGUAAAUGAAUAGUUUAUUAAAAUUUGCUUCUCUAUCCUAAUUUUGUUUAGUGUAUCUCACUUACCCUGUUCUUUCCUUGGUGUAUAUGCCCCUUACCUAGGAAAAUAGAUUUCUAAUCUCACUCCUCAGGAUGUGGAGGGGGGGUGAGGAAGGGUUGGAGGCGGCAGAACGCUGCCCUCUCCCCAUCAAAACAGCUUUGUGUUGGUCUGUUUUACUAAAAUUUUCUUAGAACAAUUUACAAAUCAAGGUCCUGCCUCUUUGCUAGUGAACAUUUUUAGACACUUUAGUGGUAAGUCAUGCUCUAGUUUUUGUGCCUGUAUUUUGUGGAAUGAGAACAUUCUUCACAUUAAAAUGCAUUAGAUCUUUGUAAUAAUCUGGAGUCCUGAGGUCUUCUGAUGAUCUCUAUUGAUGCUAUGUCAAGAAGUUAAAAGUUCCUGCAUGUGAUCAUUUUAUUUUAAACAUUAUUCUUUAAAAAACAUUUGAGAACCUUUCCUAAAGCAGUUACAUUCAAGCCGCAGAAAUAUCUAAGAAUUAAUGACUGUCUGUAAAGUUUACCCAGCAGUUUGCUGUACAUGAAGUUACCGCAAACGCUGAAAGUAGAACGCAAAGCCAGUGUCUUCACCUUUUCUGCAGAGAUGUCUAACACAGGCUGUGCAGGAUGUUUAACACACUGGAGUAGCACGCCCGACUGGAAACAAAACAUCUGUCUCUUCCAUCUGCUUGCUGAUGCAGGAAAGUCUUUGUGUUGUAUUCAAAGAUGAGUCCUUCUCCUUUGCCCAGUGCAAUGGCUUGUGUAUCAACUUCACUUCCUUUCUUGGUGGAAUUGGUACUUAACCUUAUUUUCACUUUUGUGGGAAUAUUUGAAAUAAUUUCCUUUAGAUUUAGCAGUGAUGAUUCUCUAAAGUUCAGAACCACAAGGAAGACUCUGUCUAUGCCAUUCAUUUCUCUUGUGUACACGACAAAGUGGCUGUCUGUCCUCAAAUAGCAAAACCAGCCCCUGCUGAGGAGCAGCUCAUUGGCAUGCAGCAAACUUAAUUCUUGAUAUAACGUUAAUGCUGAUCUGGGCUGAGCCUUUUGGACCUAUUUAAAAAAAAAGUAUUAAGAUAAAUGUUUGAUUCUGAUUUUUUUUAAAUAUCUUUAGUAUCAAAUAAGAAAUUUUCCCAAAAAUCUUGCUUCAGUUUGCCCCUUAAAAUAAUUACCAUAUUGUAAGUAAUAAUAAGUGGAUAUGAGUAGUUUAUUUAACUACUGAUAGAAAUUGCAAAUGCAGGGUUUCACCUUGUUGCAGUAUAUACACCAUCUUGGCCAGAGUUGAAGUAGAGAUCAGAUUGGAUUCCACUUUAGGAAUCCCAAAACAAUGCCCAUGUCAAAGUUAAUGGAUACUUAACUUGCCUAAAUAAAAUUCCCUGCAUUCUCUAUUGUAACUGGCAGAAAAGCAGCCAUGAUGGCCAUGGACUCAGAACUGCUGGUGCAUUCUCUGUUCCAUUUCAUAGAAUUAUGGGUAGAUUUGCCAUAAUUUCUGCAGAGAUGUAUUUCAUGCAUAGCUAAUGAACAGAAAGUUGCAAAGAAGGAUGCAAAGAAAAUGCUGCCUAAAAUAAAAAUCAGUAUUUUUUUAACCAUAAAACAUACAUAAUUUAAUGUAUUUAUUUUUCCUUUAACAUUUCAAGCAUCUUCUGUUAUAUAAUUCCAUUAAUGUCAUUUUAAAGGCAAAAAACUAUUCUAUUGAAUGGUUAUACCAUAUUUAACCAUUCCCUUUCAUUUCAGCAUUCAAGUUUCUAAUAUUUUUUCUAUAUUCAUGAUGUCCCCCCCACACCCCCAGAUUUGGGUCAUUUAGGAUAUAAAUAUAAGAGAAUUACUAUGUCAAAGAGUAUGGACACUUGAUACAUUGAUACAUACUGCCAAAUCUUUAUCAGAGCUGUUGCCAAAUCAGUGAUAAUGUUCAUUUCAUUAUACCCCUGCCAGCCAUGUUGACAGAGGUGGUUUUGGUGAUUGUUGUUUGGGCAGGUGCCUAAUGUAUAGUCUUUAAUGAAUAUCUAAUGGAUGUUUAAAAUACAUUUAUUCUGUUUACCAGGUACAACAGUAUUUAUGGUACAUGUAUAUGCUAUAUGUAUAUGACCUGUCAAAUUACUAUUAACAUUUUCUAUAGCCUUAGAUAAUGCAUGAGAAAGCAUAGUUCAGUGCCACUCGCAUAAGAAGUGCCCAAUAAGUGUUAACUAUUCUUUUUGUCUACUUGAUUGACCACUUACUAGAAGUAUGUUGAAAUGUCUCUCUGUAAUUGUGGAUUUGUCAGUUUCUCUGCAUUUCUCACAGUACUUAUUUGUUUUAUAUAUUUUGACAUUAUUGUAGAUGCAUAGAUUCAUGAUUUGUAGUGGAAUGUUCUUUUAUCCGUUUUUUAAAAUUUGCCUUUAUCUCAAUGCUUUUCAUAUUGAAUUCUAUUUUGUCUGCUAUUAAAUAUUUCACACCUGCUUUUGGUAAUUUUACUUUUUUAAAUAGGAAAUGCAUGUAUACAGUAUAAAACUCAAUUAUAAGAGUAUAUGAAUAUAUAAAAUAAAAAGGUUUUCUUCAACACCA